AUGAAUGCGCAAAGUCUAAUGGCACAUAAAGACGAAAUUCAAGACCACAUGAGGAGGAUGAAGUUAGCAGCAUGCGCGCUGUCGGAGACUAGACUUACUCCGGAAAUUGACGACAGUGAAAUACAUGUAAUGGGAUAUAGUGUUGUUAGAUGCGAUGGGGAAAAUAGAAAUACGGGUGGGGUGAUGAUGUACAUAAGAAAUGAUAUUAAAUAUAAGAUACUAGUAAAUAAAAAGAUAAUAGCAAACUGUUGGUGUAUAGCGGUGGAGAUAAAUGAUUCUAUGUAUAAGGGCGUAGUCAUAGUCAUAUACCACUCACCAAGCGCAGCAGAUGGUGACUUUAUAAGGUUUCUGGUGGAUACAGUGGACCACCUAGUUGCGAAAGGUCAAUGUAUGUUGUUAGGAGACUUUAACAUUGAUCUAUUGGCGGAUACGUUUUAUGCAAGAAAAUUAAUAAGUGAAAUGUCAAGCUUAGGGUUAAAACAAUAUGUCGAUAGACCGACGAGGGUCACAAGUAAUAGUCAAACUUUGAUUGAUCUUGUUUUCGCGAAUAUUAAGAUAAAAUGUAAAGUAUACGACAAGCCAAAGAUAACGGAUCACUCAUGGUUAAGUGUUGAAGUUAAUGUAAGUAAGAAUAAGGAUAAAUAUAAAGAAGUUAUUAGUAGGGAGUAUAGCAAAUUUCGGAUUAAUGAAUUGUUAGAAGCAAUACGGGUAGGUCUAGAUCAAAAUGAUUGCGUAAAGAUAAAUGAGAGAGCGGAGAAAUUUGUUGAUAUUAUGGUAGCGGCGUUAGAUGCUGUUGCUCCAAAGAAAAAGUUUGUAGUCCCUACGAUAUGGAAAGGGAAAAAAUGGUUCUCAGAUGAGAUCAGAUUAUCCACGGAUAGAAGGGAUAAAGCAUAUGUGAAAGCUAUAUAUACGCGUAAUGAACAAGAUUGGAUACAGUUUAAAAUUGAAAGAAAUGCGGUAGUCAAAUUAAUUAGGAAGAAAAAGAAGGAAUAUUAUGAAAGUAUGAUAGAUGAUAAUAAAAGUAAUCCUGUACGGAUGUGGAAAGCCUUAAAAGAAGUUCUGCGAGGAGAGUAUACGGGCUCGAGAGAGAGUGAUGAGAUUGAUUUCGAAUUAUUAGAGAAUAUAGGUGAUUGCAGUAUAGCGAAUAGAUUCAAUGAAUAUUAUAUUCAGAGUAUUAAUGUUAUAAUAAACUCCAUAGGAACAAGUGAUAGUAGGAGUAUGGAAUGUAAUGAUGCUAUAGUAAGUGAAAGCGUAAUGGAUAAUUUUGAUUUAAUAAAUGUACAAAAGUUAGAGCAAAUUAUUAUGGCCUUGCCAAAAAAGAAAGGAACAGAUGAGGGAAUAUCCAGCGAUAUUUUAAAAACAAGCUUUCAUGUAAUAAAGGAGGAGCUAGUGAGGGUGAUAAAUGAAUUGCUGAGUAAUGGUAUAUGUCCUGAGGGAUGGAAAGUAUCCACGAUAAUACCGAUUCCUAAGAUUGAGAAGCCAAAAAAAGCUAGUGAUUAUAGGCCAAUCAAUAUUUUACCAAUGUAUGAGAAG